AUGGAAACCGAGCUCAGCAGAAUCGCAAAACUGAUAAAAAAUGAAGAGCAAUGCAAAAAAGAUGGGAACUCCAUGAAAGAGAAAAAGUUCGUGUGGCUGGUAGAGGAUUUCUACAUUCAAUCACUGUAUCCAUUGUACGGUGAUCUCACCGGAGAGUACGUAAAGUCAGGUCCCAGCAAAGUGGAUAGGAUGUCCUCAGCAUCUUCCUCUAGCUCGGAGUCUGAGUACUUUUCCUCAGAGGAAGUAGAUUCUAAUUCAGACAUCAAUGAUUUUCCCAGAGAAAGGGAAGCUUCUACUCCUCAAAUCCUUAAUCCAGAGCUUCAACUUGAAAGCCAAUCACGUCAAGUUAAACAACUCUUGUUUGCAAAGAACGCUGAUUUGCACAGACGAGUUUUUGAGCUUCAACUGUUACUUAACGACACCAAAGGAACAGUGUCUGUGUUACAGGGAAAACUCCAAACCAACGAGGAUCGCUCAGCAACCAAAAUUGCUGAAUUGAUGGCACGGAUACAUGAACUCGAACAAGAGGCAAAGUCUCUGCGGACUCAGAAAGGAAAAGUGGAAGAGAAGAUCAGACGCAGCAGAAACGAAGCAUGGACCCAGAAGAAGGACUUCGAUGACCAGAUUAAUGCCAUGCAGCAAAUGUUAGAUUCCGUGAGAAAUCACAACAAAGAGUUGGAGGUACAGUUGGAAAGAACGAGAGUAGAAGCUUCGCAAUCAUGCUCGGUUAGAAUACAAAAUCAUGGGGAGGAUUUGGCUGAAGAAAAGGAGUGUUUUCUUGCAAGAAUAAAGGACCUGGAACUGGAAUUGGAAUCUCGAAGCAGCAAACAGCACGAUUUGGAGGAUAGAAACAAAGAACUAGAAAGAGCAAUGGCACGGGGAGUGCAAGAGAUAUCUGAACUUUUUAUUUAUCAUGAGGGUUGUGAAGAAGGAGCUACCAUACAUGCUGAAGCUUUACAAACUUUAGUUGAAAAAUUAAAAACCAGGGUGGCUGAUCAGGAGGAAACGAUAAACAAGCUAACAGAAAGCAUUGAAGAAAUAGGUGCAGAAAACAGACAUUGUAAGGAUUGGAUAAGAGAAAGAAAUGGUGAAGUGAAAGAGAUGAAAGUGAAGGUAGAUGGGCUUGAGAUGUUGGUGGGUGAGAAAGAGGAGAAAGAGUUGGUCUUGAAAGAAAUGGUGUGGAAGUUAGAAGCGAUGGUGAGCAAAGAAGCAGGGGAGAAACUGAAUCUGAUAAAACAAGUGAGGCAGCUUGAAAGGAAAGUAGAAAACUUGGAAAGGGAUGUGAAAGAGAAGGAUGGUGAUUUGGUGGGGCUUGCGGAGAAGAAGAAAGAAGCAAUAAGACAACUUUGUUCUCUGGUUGAGUUUCAUCGUGAUCGCUAUGUCUAUCUAAAGGAUUCCAUGCCAAAGAGAAACAAGUUUUGGUAA